GUUGACUGUGUCUGCAGAUUAUGCCGUGCCUCAUCGGUGUAUAGUCCCAUUUUGUCGUUAACGUGGCUUUAUCUCAUCAGCCAAUUGGUUCGCGCCUUCUUGAAGUCAUCCGUCAUUAUUAAUAUUAGUAUUGUUUUUUUAAUCUUCUUGAAAAUAAAGAAAAUUGCGAAGACUUGCUUUCAGUAUCAGUAAUUUAGGAGCGGGGAGGGCAUUUUACCGGGUCCACCCUGCGUCAAUCUCCGCCCUCUCUCUUCCGUCUGCUCAGUCGCGUGCGGCCACCGGCGCACCAUGUCUCCGUCUGGCGCCAAUUCACCUUCUGCUAUUGUCAUCUAUUGCCUAGUCGGUUUCAAUCUGUUGCGCACGGUUUUCUCCUCAUCUGUGGACUCGAGAGAUUUCGAUUAUCAGCAGCGCCCCGUGAUUCUUCCUCUCUACAUCUCGACUACGAAUUCCACUCAUCACCGCGUCUUGAACCGUGAUCAUCGUUUCCGGCACCUGCAGRAAUUGGACCAGCCCCACUCCUCAACUGCUCGAAUGAGGCUGCACGAUGACCUCCUUACCAACGGGUAUUACACGACGCGUCUAUGGAUUGGGACUCCUCCGCAAGAAUUCGCUCUUAUUGUGGACACCGGAAGUACAGUGACCUACGUUCCAUGCUCUAACUGCGAAGAGUGCGGGAACCAUCAGGAUCCAAAGUUCCAACCAGAGUUGUCAAGCACAUAUCAACCUGUGAAGUGCAAUAUCAAUUGUAACUGUGAUGACAAGGGAGUCCAGUGUACAUAUGAGAGACGGUAUGCAGAAAUGAGCACUAGCAGUGGUAUGCUUGCUGAGGACAUCAUGUCAUUUGGAAAGGAAAGUGAACUUGUACCCCAGCGUGCUGUAUUUGGUUGUGAAACUAUGGAAACUGGUGACCUUUAUACCCAACGUGCUGAUGGGAUUAUGGGUUUGGGCCGUGGUUCACUCAGUGUGAUGGACCAGCUUGCCAACAAGGGUGUUGUGAGCGAUUCAUUUUCGUUAUGUUACGGUGGGAUGGAUGUUGGUGGGGGUGCAAUGGUUCUUGGUGGGAUCUCUUCACCCCCUGGUAUGGUAUUUACCCACUCGGACCCAUCUCGAAGCCCAUAUUAUAAUAUUGAGUUGAAGGAAAUACAUGUUGCUGGGAAGCCAUUGAAGUUGAAUCCGAACACUUUUGAUGGGAAGUAUGGUACUGUCUUGGAUAGUGGAACUACAUAUGCUUAUUUUCCUGAAAAAGCCUACUAUGCAUUUAAAGAUGCUAUAAUGAAGAAAAUUAAUUUCCUGAAGCAAAUUAGUGGUCCUGACCCGAAUUUUAAGGAUAUUUGUUUUUCUGGUGCUGGAAGGGAUGUCAAUGAACUUCCAAAAGUUUUUCCAGAGGUUGAUUUUGUUUUUGCGAAUGGUCAAAAAAUUUCACUGUCUCCGGAGAAUUACUUGUUCCGGCAUACUAAGGUUAGUGGUGCCUAUUGUCUGGGAAUCUUUAAAAAUGGGAAUGAUCAGACUACACUUUUGGGAGGAAUUGUUGUUCGUAAUACUCUUGUCACUUAUGAUCGGAAAAACACCUCAAUCGGGUUUUGGAAGACUAAUUGUUCUGAACUUUGGAAGAAUCUGCAUUAUCUCGCUCCACCUCCAGCACCUUUACCUUCCUAUGGUCAGAAUACAAGUAAAGAAACUUCCCCACUUGGUUCUCCAACUGGGCUAUUUCUUUCUGGUGAAUUUCAGGUUGGACUCAUAACAUUUAAUAUGAUGCUUCAUGUCAAUGAAUCCUCCGUGAAGCUUAACAUCACUGAACUUGCUGAAUUUAUUGCCAAUGAGCUUGAAGUUAAUAUCUCACAGGUUCACGUGCUGAACUUUACAUCAGAGGGAACUGAUUUCUUCAUUCGAUGGGCCAUUUUCCCUGCCGAUUCUGCUGAUUUUAUUUCCAACUCCACAGCAAUGGGCAUAAUUUCUCGCUUAAAGGAACAUCACAUGCAGCUUCCUGAAAAGUUCGGAAGUUAUCAGCUGGCUGAAUUGAAUGUUGAACCUCCGUUAAAGCAGACGUGGAUGAAACAGCACAUCUGGUCUAUAAUGACUAUUGGAUUAGCAGUUACCUUAGUUGUUGGACUGGCUGGCGCAAGUACAUGGUUGAUUUGGAGAUACAGACGGAGGGAGCUGGGUUCUUAUGAGCCUGUUGGCACAAUUAGUCCCGAGCAAGAGCUUCAGCCACUUUAGAUUUCAAUUUUUUUUUUUAUGGAAUAAUGAUUCUGUUUAUCAGGUGUAUAGUUUUGAUUAAAGAAAAAUACGAUUUGGUUAGGGAGAGAAGCUGGAAUUUGAACUAGCUUUUAAACUGACUGUAUAUGGUAGUCACAAAUACCAUGUAACGUUUAGGACCCAUAGGGAUGAAAUCUUGUACACUUAUAAAGAGUUGUAGUAAAACCACAGAAAGGAGGCAAAGAAAACCACACUAAACAAAAACACGUGUUUGAAAAAUGAAAUUUUUAUUUGAAUGACUUUCUGUAUUUGAGAAAUUUAUCCGUUGCACUGCAGCCCUUACCUGUACCCAGUGCCUGUUUUAGCAGGUUCUGACAAUAAACAAGGUUAAAUUAUAGGGAUCUUUUGUAA